AUGGAUGGAGCCAACCACUCUGUGGUGUCUGAGUUUGUGUUCCUGGGACUCUCCAAUUUGUGGAUAAUCCAGCUUCUUCUUUUCCUCUUUUCUUCUGUGUUCUACAUGGCAAGUCUGACGGGAAACCUCCUCAUUGUGUUCUCUGUGACUUCUGACUCUAACCUACACUCACCCAUGUACUUCCUGCUGGCCAAUCUCUCAUUUCUUGAUCUGGGCAUUUGCUCUAUUGCAGCUCCCAAAAUGAUUUAUGACCUUUUCAGAAAACACAAAACCAUCUCUUUCGGUGGCUGCAUAGCUCAGAUCUUCUUCAUUCAUGCUAUUGGGGGCACAGAAAUGGUGCUGCUCAUAGCCAUGGCCUUUGAUAGAUAUGUGGCAAUAUGUAAGCCACUGCGCUACUUGACCAUCAUGAGCUCACGAAUGUGCUUUUCAAUUUUGGCGACAGCCUGGAUCCUUGGCCUCAUCCACUCAGUGGCCCAGUUGGCUUUUGUUGUAGACUUGCCCUUCUGUGGCCCAAAUGUACUGGACAGCUUUUACUGUGAUCUUCCUCAGCUCAUUAAACUCGCUUGCACAGAGACUAAUCAACUGGAGUUCUUGGUCACAGCCAACAGUGGACUAAUUUCUGUAGGGUCCUUCUUCAUUCUGAUCAUUUCUUACGUCUUCAUUCUGGUCACUGUUCGGAAACACUCUUCAGGUGGUUUAUCCAAGGCUCUAUCUACUUUGUCAGCUCAUGUCACUGUGGUGGUUUUAUUCUUUGGGCCAUUAAUAUUCUUCUAUACCUGGCCCUUCCCUUCAUCACACUUGGACAAAUUUCUUGCUAUCUUUGAUGCAGUUCUCACUCCUUUUCUGAAUCCUGUUAUCUAUACCUUCAGGAACAAGGAGAUGAAGGCAGCGAUGAGGAAACUUUGCUAUCAUCUUGUGAGUUACAGAAAGUUGUCAUAA